UUAUAAACUACUUUUUAGCUGCACCUCCCUCGAAAAAAAUUGGAUCAGUAGCCUACACUAUUACGAUCAACGCAACUGCAGUGAAGAUGCAAAGUUACAGUUCCACCGGCAAACCGCAGUUCGCUGCCUGGCUGCUUGAACAGGUGGAUUCUGGACUGUAUGCAGGUCUUCGUUAUGUGGACAACCAAUCAAAGUUCCGAGUCCCAUGGAAACAUAAUUCCAGGAAAGACUGCUCUGAGGAGGAUAUACAAAUAUUUAGGGGCUGGGCUGUGGCCAGUGGUAAAAUCAUUACUAAUCCCAACAACAAGGCUAAGUGGAAGACCAAUUUCCGCUCUGCCCUGAAUAACCUCAACAAGCGCUUCAAGAUGGUGGCGGACAACUCCAAGGAUCCAGAUGACCCGCACAAAGUCUACCAAAUCAUCAACACUGAGUAUAAUUAUGAGACUCAGCCCACAGAGGAAGACUAUGACAUGGUUCCAAACAUCUACACCUCUCUGACACCCACAGACUACCCGCCCACUUAUCCAGAGAAUUUUGACUUGCUCAACGACAUGAUAACUCUGAACCUCAAUGGUCAACACCCAGAGGAGCAGCCAUGGGUGGAGCCCUACCCAGAGGUUCCAGUCUGCUACCAGCCCAUCCAGGCCCUGCCUGCGGAGCCCCUACCAGUCCCUCCCAACCCCCAGGCCCUGGCUCUAGAGCAGCAGCCUUACAACCCAGUGAAUCCAGGGGAGCUGCAGCCAUCCAACCAGCCAGCCAUACAUGACCUAGAGAUCAGCAUCCACUACAGGAGGAGGGAGAUGCUGAAGACCCAGGUGUCCUGCUCCCGUCUCCAGCUGCACUACCAGUGUGAGGACCCAAAGCUCCAGGCACACAUGCUCUGCUUCCCAGACACAGCCAGCCUGCUGGACCGAAAACAGGUGGACUAUACCAACCAUAUCCUCCACAGCAUCCAGAAGGGACUACUCCUGCAGGUUAACCACGAUGGUAUCUAUGGUUACAGACAGGACCAGUGUCGUGUGUUCGCAAGCACCGGUGACCCAAGAGAGGUUCACCCAGACCCCCACACGCUGCCCAAGAACCGCAUGGUGCUACUUCUGAGCUUUGAGAAGUACCUGGCUGACCUUAAAGCCUUCAAAGAAAACGGAGCCAGUUCCCCCGACUACACCAUCCAGAUGUGCUUCGGGGAGAAGUUCCCAGACGGAAAACCCCUGGAGAGGAAACUUGUCGUCGUCAAGGUGGUUCCUCUGAUCUGUCGCUACUUCCACGAGCUGGCCCAGCAGGAAGGUGCAUCUUCUAUCCAGAAUGACAGCGUUAGCCUGCAGAUCUCCUACAACAGUCUGUUUGAUUUCAUCAGUUCCGCUUUGGGCCUGCCGUAUGUUGCUGAAGGACCACAGUGUGGAGUGGAUGCAUUCUAGGACUGGGACCACAAACAAAACUGUCAGAAACCUUUUGUCCCAGAUGCUAGGCGAGUCUUUGUGCAAUGUUCUUACUAGAUGUUUAUCGCUCCAUAACUAUACUGGGCUGGCAUCAAUAGCCCAGUACAAUAACCUACACCACUCCUGAGAGCCCUGUUGUAAAUAAUUUUGUUUAUGUAAAUAUAUGCUGAUCUUUAAUUGAAUUAAUGCUACAUUAAGGUGAUAUCUGAGAUGAAAACCUGACAGAUGGUCACUGUCUGUUCUUCCACACCUUAAUUUUCAUGUUCUGAUAUGUUGCCAUUUGGUCCAAAUCUGCAUUGAGUGCUUAAGUCUCAUUUAUUGGCAUUUUCUCUUCUACUGAAGACGUUUCCUGUCUCUGUCCCUAUGGGGCACUGUAAAUCUUGUUUUCACUAUGUUUACCAAAUAUUAUAAUUGGUGAACUGAUCCAACACUAGCUAGCACAAUGUUUACUAUCCACAAUAAGUCUCCCUUUAUUUGGAUUGGAACAUCUUGUCUUUAUUACUGACCUAUCCCUGAAAUCAUGUCAUGCAAAUGAUUUGUUUAUUUGGGUCUACAAUAAAAUCAAGGCUUGGUCAAAGUGCCAGUACAACUGUAAUCUUGUUGACACAUGACUAUGCUAUUAUUGGUGAUUCACAGCAGAAAAACACAAACAAUAGAUAUAUUCCUUGGAAGACUUUCUGAAUGUAGAAAGGUGGUACCAGAUGAGAAAGCAAAAAAUGUUUUCUUUGUUUAUUACAAUAAUAACAUAAGUAUUUACAAUCAGAUCAUCCAGUUGGCUCAGGGUAGAUGUAGAGAAGGCAGCACGGGCAAGCUGCCCUGUUGAAGUAGAGCAGCCCUACAUUGCUUUAUAUCCAAAAGAACACCCUCUCCAUCAUUUGAAACUGCACACAUUUCAUGCUAACUACCCCAACAAACUAUAUGUUGGUACCCACAAGAAAUGACAUUUUCUUGGAUGUGCCAUUUCUGGUGUAGUCUGUAUUUUACUGGAAAAUACUGGGUUAAUCAACAGAGCAUUGCACGUACACCGUUGCUCACCAAUAUUACAAAGGUCCUUUUAAACAUUAAACACAAAAUUAAUUAGGAUCAAUAUAAUCUGAAAUUGUAUUUCCCUCUAUUCUGCGCACCUACUACUACGUGACGGAAGAGAAAAGUGAACAAGCGAGAUUCUUCUGAAUUCAAGCACCUGUUACAGUAUAUCACCUCCCACACACAGCUGAAGGGCAGGCCAAGGCAAGUCAACAUGCCACACACUUUCCUGCUGCGGUGCAACACAAACAACAUUGCCAAGGCAAUCAGAUGUAGUUCCAUAGAGGAAUCCUACAGUGGAGAAAAGUCAUAAUAAUGAGGACACGUGCACUCAGUACAAAACCUCACCUGUGUCUGAAUUUGCUUAUUAUCUAAAAUAGAUCACAGUGGAAAUGAACAUGACCAUGAGAGUUAUUGCAUCUGAACAAAGAUGUAACUAAGUGUUUCCCUGUUUAAAAGUGAGCACCAACUUAAACAACUGGGAGGUUUCAUUACCCAUGAUCACCAAUCUUUAGGCUGCAACUUGAGUGACAACUUAAACGGACGGAUCCAACUCAACCUUACAAAAUCCUGAUACAUAAACCUGAAACCAGCUUUCUGAUCUAGGCAAGAAAGGACAGCCAGAUAGCUGGUGCAGUUUGCAGCAUUCUCUCAAACAAGCGCCACUAUCAGAUGAACAGUGUUUUGACAGAGCCUGACGAUCAAAGCUGCCGGACAUUCUCUGGAUGACAGCAGACUGAUCGGUGGAUAGGAGCUAUGGUGUUUCAUGAUUCUAGAGGAAGUUAUACAGAAGUACCCAGAGUACCACAGAGCCCUACAUAAAACUGAUUUCAGAAUAAAACUAUAUAUUAAAA